AUGAAUCUCGAAUUACAAAAUCCAUUCGCCCAAGAUUUUCCAGAUAAAGUAGACACAACCUUAGACUCAUUAGCAGUAAUCACAAAGUUUAAUCCACACGGAUUAUUUGCUGGUCAAUAUUUAGCAAUAGGUAGAUUGGAUGGAUGUAUAACAAUUUUAGAUUUCGAAAGUAAACGAACAAUCAAAUUUUUCUUAGGUCAUGUUAAACCGAUCACUUCAUUAUCUUGGAGUAAAAAGUCGAAAUAUUUGUUGAGUGCUAGUAGGGAUUGGAAUGUGAUUGUUUGGAAUUUGUUGACGGGUGAAAGGAGGGACACUAUUCGAUUUGAUGCUCCGGUUACAAGUGCUCAAUUUCAUCCUAAGAAUAGUAAAGUGAUAGUGGUAACUUUACAAAGUCAAGAAGAAGCCAUCUUUGUAGACCUUAGAAGUCAAGGGGGACGUUGGGAGCUAGACUUUCAUUCCGGUGAUAAUCUCGCUGAUCCAUCCCAACCCGUUAACGUAACCCAAGUACAAGAUGAUGCACCGCGUAGGGGUAGGCAUGGAGCACGACGAAAACGUCAAGCUGCGACAGUUGUACGUUUUCACCCUAGUGGCGAUUUGGUCUACGUAGGAACUUCACAGGGAGCACUUCAUGUAUUCGAUGCAAGAACCAAACUGUUACUCAAAACCGAACAAGUUUCGAACAAAAACACAAUCAAAUCCAUGGAAUUCGAUACCCACGGUACUUCACUUGUUUUAAAUUCAGCAGAUCGUGCCAUAAGAGUUUAUAGUCUCCAAUCAACUCCAGAUUCAAAAGUUCCAAAUUUGAUUUUAGAUCAUAAAUUUCAAGAUGCAGUGGCCCGUACUCCUUGGCAAGGUUGUAAAUUUGGUUCUGAAUAUGUGAUUGGUGGUGCUGGUCAUAGAGAUUCUCAUCAAAUUUUUAUUUGGGAUCGAAGUUCUGGUAGUUUAACCAAGAUUUUAGAAGGACCUAAAGAUCCACUCGAAGAUUUUGAUAUUAGGUCUAAGUGGCACCCUAAUCGACCUAUCGUUGCAUCUGUGUCUAAUUUAGGAUUAAUUCAUGUUUGGGUCACAAGUGUUACAGAGAAUUGGAGUUCAUAUGCACCAGGGUUUGAUGAAUUAGAUGAAAAUGUAGAAUAUCAUGAAAAAGAAGAUGAAUUUGAUCAUGAAGAUGAAUUAGAUGUAGAAAGACGUAGAAAAGAUGAACAAGAUAGGUUUAUAGAUAUCUUUAAUUUAGACAAACCACUUUUACCUCAUACAAUUCCAAUUAAGUCAAACCAAUCUAAACCAGCUGAUGAUGAUACAAAUGAAGAUUUUUUUAUUCCAAUUGAUUAUGAUCUUGAAAAUGGUGAACAAGAAGAAAUCAUAGAUAAAGAAGAAGAUGUUAAAGGAUUUGAUCAAAGGAAUGAAUCGGUUUCUAUGCCUGGUUAA